AUGCGGCUGGACGAUGCAUUACAGCUCUUAAAAGAAGUAUCGCAAAUCGUUUUCAGUCAUGAACUAGCUGAAGAGGUUCUUGAGGUUCUUGAGUUUCAGCCACUCGCUUUAGCAGCUGCUGCAUUUUACGUCAAUACUGUUGUGAACCAUGGCUCCCCAAACUACACAUGGAAGAAUUAUCUGGAAGUCUGUUCUCGAGGUGAACGUGAAAGUACAGAAAAACGUCUUGCCAUGGAAAGCGAAGCGUACUCCAAGACAAUGACCACCUCUAUAAAAAUGGCACUAAAAACGUUUUCGGACAGAGAGGACGUUCUACGGCAGACAUUCCUCCUCUUUUCGCUAAUUGCUUCAGACCCUCUUCCCAUAGAAGUCGCUGUUGACUUUGUCAGAGUUCGAACCUCAGGCAACACAGACGAGCUAAUCAGAGCGAAGAUUAUAAAAUCCACCUUGAUUACUUGUUUGUACAAUGAAGACAGGUCUUCAGGAUAUUUAAAGGUACCAACCACGGUAUAUAAAAUCCUCAAGGAAACUUCGACUUCUUCUUUUUCGGAAAUAGUUCCCAGCGUAUGUCACGCUAUUAGUGCUUUUCACUCUCUAAUUGAAUCAGAGCGAGGUAAUUUGUUCCAAAGUCCACAAGUCUGUGUCAAACUCCGAAGAGUUACAGCCCACAGUAAAUGCUUACAUAACAUUCUUACCGCUACGUUUCCAGAUAAAUUUACUUGGAAGAAACGACUAACAUCCUUUAUUACUCUGAACACGAUCAUUUUGUGGCUUUCGGGAACAGCUGCUGUUUGUUGUGACCUGAGUAACCCUUCAGACGCAAAUCUGUUUUCUACAUCUGCUUGCGAACUAGCUGUAUAUAGUGACGGCUCGGUGAGGGCAAACGCACUCACUGUACACGGCAGAGUGUUAAUGAUGUCAUGUAACCAUAAAAUUUCCAAUCAAGUCUUUGAAAAAGCUAUCGAGAUUUACAAAAUAAGUGAUGGAGUAGAACACCCAAAGCUAAGUCAUUGCGCAAGGCACAUUGAAGUGCUAGAAUACUUUGAGAAGGCUCUGGCCAUCAGGAAAAAGACUUUAGGUGAGGAACAUACUGAUGUAGCAGAAAGUCAUAACAACUUGGGGGUUGUUUACAGUCACCUCGCAGAGUACAAUGAAGCCAAAGAACAUUACGAGAAAGCACUAUUCAUCUGGAAAAAGAUUUACGGCGAGGAACAUGCUGAUGUAGCGGCAAGUUAUAACAACCUGGGAGUUGUUUACGGUAACCUCGGAAAGUACAGUGAGGCAAAAGAAUACCUCGAAAAAGCACUGAUCAUCAGGAAAAAGAUUAACAAGGAGGAAGAUGCUCAUGUAGCAUCAAGUUAUAACAACCUGGGAACUGUUUUCAGUCAUCGCGGAAAGUACAGUAAGGCAAAGGAAUUAUACGAGAAAGCACUGUUCAUCUUGAAAAAGAUUUACUAUGUGGGACAUAAGCUUGUGGCGACAAUUUACCACAACUUAGGAAUUGUUUGCAGUCAACUCGGAGAGUACUUUAAAGCAAAAAAUUAUUUCAAGAAAGCACGGGUCAUUAUGAAAAAGUCUUCCGAUGAGGUACAUUCUGCUGAAGCGACGAGUUCCAUCAACCCUGGAAAUAUUGACAAUCGCCUUAGAAGUGUAAUGAAUACAAAGUACUCAAAGAGAAAGCACUGACCUUUAAGUACGAGAUUCACGACAAGGAACAUACUAGGAUAGUAAACGCUUACUGUAGUCUAGGAGCUGUUUAUAGUAAUCUUGACAUUUCUAUGUAUAUAGUCGCGGAAAGGCCCUGAUUAUCAAGCUAGAGGAGAUUAAUCAAUAGCGAUGAACAUUUUGAUACAAUAAGUUUUCGCAAGAGGAAAUCUGUCAAGCAAUCUGGACCUGAUAAUUUCCUUCAAGUUCGGCUUGGGAGAGUUCCAACUUUGCCUUGACAACACUUGUUAUCAACUAUCAGGCUAUAAGUAAUUUUUAAUAACACUUAACACACUUUGAUGCUGCUUUCUUAAUUGCAUGCGCCAGAGUAUAGUUGGGGUGGUUUGAGUCAAGGGGUGAUUUUCCAAUUGAUUCUCUUAUAUAAAUCAUGCAUGUGGUAAUAUUGCUAAUGGGUACAACGAGACACUAACAUGUCUCAAAAGUCCUUCAUCAUCCUUAAAUUGAAUUUGAAAAUGCGUAUUGAAGUCAUUGGGGCAUCACCAGUUUGAAUUCGUUUUUUGAUGAUUUACCGGAGUAGAUGGUAGUUCUUCUCAUUUAAUCUGCUUAGAUUUAUAGGAAAGAGCUAGCCUUAGAGAGUGUAUGGAAAUGUGGGGAAGUGUUGAAAGGCUGUUACCUUGUACUUCUCAUUUCUUUGGACAUAUAUUUUUAAAUUAUCGCCUAAAAUUUGUGUUUCCUCAUUAGCCAUUACACGCAAAUAAAAUUAACAAUAAAUGGUGCGGAAACCUACGGAAAACCAA